CUUCGCGUGGGUGGGGGCUUUAUUUUGGUGUAAAAUAACUGGUUAUUAAACUCCACAGACACUAACAGUGUCGCGAAGCGGCUCACAUAUUUCCCACGUACUGAGGUAUAAAUUGCCACAGUGCAAUAAAAUACCACAGUGUAGUUAGUCUUUAGUCCUUUGUUGCUGUCUGUCCACAGCCUUAAUUCUCCCACUAAUGCAGCGUUCCCUCGCGUUUCCUAAACUUAAGCGACUAUGGAGCAAGUCACUCGGAAAAAGUAAAAAUGCACCGAACUCAAAUGACGAAUUGUAAUGUUAUGGCUGAGAUUGGCAUUUUCGCAACAUGUUGUUCUUGUCCCUGUGUUGUGGUACUGAGGCUGAGUGGAACUGCAGUUCUCAGACGAUGCAACUUUUUCCCUCAUCUCCAAGCUUCAUUUCUAUCUAUCCCAUCUGGACGGUGUGGGCCCAGAGUACCUGUCUGCACUGCAGGCACCGUGGCCACACCACGAGCUCCUCUGCUUCAGACACGACAUACAUUAAUGUUUGAGUUUUCCCUAAAGGACUACAGGUUUUACAACUAUGGAAGAAGACCUCACAAUACCUCACGAUUCUGCCAAAACCCGCAACAUAUCAGUAACAGAGGAUGAAAAAGAAAAGGUAAAAGACUUUGUGUAUAAGCAUUUCAGAGAAGUGACAGAUGGGUCGCUCUUCAGUAAUGGAGAAGAAUCUUCCAUUAAGGAACAUGGGAGUUCCACCAAGAAAGAGAAACUCUCUCUCAAUAAAGCCCAUUGUAAAAUUCAGCAGGGGGCUGUUUUCUCUGGAAAGAUUCUGAGCUUUGAAUGCUCAGUGUGUAAAGAUGAUUCCACAUAUAGCCCCAAUGAUCUCCUUAAACAUUUUCGGGCGGCUCACAAAGGAACCCUUCCUACAUACCCUUGUGACCUGUGUGGUUUUGUUACAAACGAGUUUCCUGCUCUUCAACGCCAUCGGAUUGAGCACAGGAAUACUUUGGUUACAUGUGAGCUCUGCAACGAUGAUGUUCAGUACUCUCUGCUUUUGCUUACCAGACAUUACAUCAUGUGUCACAGUCUAAAUGGACAGUUUAACUGUGAUUGGUGUGAGUUUACAACUGUGGAUGCAGGUACAUUCGUCCAGCACAUCCAUCAUCAUAAUGAGAGUCCUUGGAAGUGUUCAAAAUGUAGACAUAUAAGCUCAAACGAAGAGGAUCACCAGAGGCAUGUGAAAGCUCAUUCGGGUACAUUCCCCUUCUCUUGUCAGAUGUGUGGAUAUGGUGCAGCAAGAAGCGAGUACCUUAAAAAACACAUGGCAGCUGUUCACAAAGAGGAAGCAGAGCGAAGGAAUGUAUGGAAAGCUAUAGAAGACGGAGCUACUUCAGCAAAUUCAUCUGCAAGCUUAAAACUUUUGCUAAAAAAGAGCGGUGAAUCACAGGAGGCUCAGAGGAUAUCAAAACUGAACUGCCUUUCUGGGAGUUUAUCAAACCAAAACGGCAGGCUAAUCAAACCAGAGAUACCCUUAGAGGAGACCCACCACUUUUUGGAUGGGACUAUAGCAAAUAAGGACAACAAAAACUGGAGCAAAGGCUCUCAUUACACAGAGCAGUCAAUGCCAGUAAUGUUACAGGAAUGUGACAACUCGACAAGUUCUGAUCCUGCAAGUCACUCCAAUCCUAAUGGACUGACUGUUCUGAUGGUUAAGAACAAAAUCUCUCUUCCACCCAACUGUACAACCAAAGUGAUGGGAUUCAAGAUGGUUGAUGGCAAAAAACAUUUAGUUCUCAAAGUAAUACCAACAGCAAAGCAGGAAUCAUCCACUCAGAACCAUUCCUCAGUUGAAGAUGUAGGCUCCUCAGCACCACACCCUGUGUUGGACAACAGUAAAAUUACUAUUGAGAAUGGGGAAUGCUCUGAUAACAAGAGCUCAACAUCACAUUGCUUUGCUGUUUCACCAAGAGGUGGCUCUUGCAUACAAAUAGAUCAAGGCGAUAUUAUGGCAGUAAAAGUAAAGAUUGAGGAAGAAGAAACCUCUGUCUGCAACCUUGAUUCCAGCCCACAUAGAGAUGAUGUUGGGGAACAAUCCAAUUCUUUACUGAAUAGGUCUUUGACGUGUGCAGAUACAUUAUAUCCUGUGACAAAUGAGUUUCAUGUAGGCGACCAAAGUCGCCCGAUUCAAACAACCUGCUCAGAGAGAAGUAAGUUUGAUAGUAACUCUGCAACAUUUAAUUCUGAUGCAACCAGCCAUAGCGGUUCUAAAAGUAAUACUUUGACAGGUUUAUCUUCACCUUCAAAAGUUGCUCAGGAAACUAUGCUUUGCAAACAAGUCUCCAAAAAAACUGUUGAAAACUGUGGGGCUGUAGAUGAGUUAUCAGUGACUGAUACAGUUGCAGAUAAACUCAUUGAUGAACACAAAUGGAUUUCUUCCUUUAACACAAUAGCAAAAAAUGACCAGUCCUCUCAGAGUACACCAGAAAAGGAGAACCCUAUUAGGGUUAGAACUGAGAUUAAACAUAGAAAUGGCCAACAAAAUUUUAAAAAGCUUUUGACAUAUCCAUCAGAGUCAUGCCCACCCACUUCAGGUAGCUGCAGAGAGAGUGCCACAGGCUCAGAAAACUGCACACAAAAUUCACCAAACCAGGAAGUAUUUACUUUUCACAAUUACUCCAAGGAAACAUUCAGCACUUCACCCAACACUACCCAAAACUUUGACAAUAUGUACGAACAUUCAGCAGACAAAGAAAGUAUUUGCGAAUCAUCACAGUUUAGCUUGACAUUGGCAGAGUCUCCCGAUACAUUCACAGAAAGUGGCAGUGGUGAAGAGUCAGCUCAAGAAAAGAAUUGGGAGGACAUGAACAAAGUGACAGAUAACAAUAUUGAGGUUAAUGAGUGCAUAGUUGGCGAUCCUCUCACUGAGGAUGAAAAUCCAGAGUCAGUGCUCCAAGACUUUAAUAUUAUCAAAAUUGAGGAGGAGAGCAUUCCUAUAUCCAAAAAACAGUCCGAAACAAAGAGUAGUUCAACUUCCUUGGGUACUUUUGUGGAAGAACACUCGGAUGCAAUCAUUACCCAACAACUUUAUAAGGAAAAAGUAGGGUCUUCAAGUGGAAGCAAUGAUUCUUUGAAACAAACAAAAACAACUCUACGAAUUCUUCAAUUGCCAGAGGGUAAGCAGCCAGUACUCCUGAGGACGACUGAGAAUCGAUUUGCCAUGCCAGUGCAAGUCAAGACCACUCCAGGUUUCAAACUGAUAACCAAUUCUGCAAACCCUCAGAUCAAUGUAUCUUACAUGAAGCCAGGGUUAGAAAAAUCAACUAACCCUGCUGGCGUAACUCUUUCUCCAAACAGCAGGAGGAUAGGUGUAUCAGCACCUAAGGCAGGAGCUGCUGAAAAAGGGGCAACACUUCUCUCUGCGGUUCAACCAGGUGUUGGCACCACCUCAAAUCACUACUUCAUCAACAGUCCAGGUUUUAAGGGUCCUGUACUCCUGUCAAGCACACCACAUAAUACAGCUACAGACAAAACCGCAAAGACACAGCAAACUUGCUACUUAGUACAGAGGUCUGUUCCAUUUGUUCAGACCCCGAGUACUCCUGGCCUCAGACUGGCAAGUUCACAACCCUUACUUAACUCACGGCCAGUUCUGGCCAUGCCUGUGAACUCUGCAGACAAACCCAGCACUCUGCAGACCGGUCGGCAGGCAUUCUUGCUCCGUUACAUUUCUCCAUCCAAAUCCGGCCUACUGUUGAACAACCAAGACGCAAAGACUGGGGCUCAGAGUAGCCAAACCAGUGAAAGUACUGGAAAUAAAGUUAUAUUUAAAAUUGUCACUCCUAGCGGUAGCCUUCUUACAAGUGGCGCUCCCACCUCAAGCAGUCAACCUUUGUUUUUGGCCACCAGACCUCAGACCCAGUGUUUUCUGGUGUCAUCAAACAAAACUAAUACAAAUGCCUCCAAUGGAGUAAAGAAAUUGAUUACCAUACAAAAUACUACACAGAAAGAUGUCAAGGAAUCUUGCAUUUCACCUUCUCAGAUGAAUGUAAAGUUACCAGGUGAAGCAGAGAAACCUAUCCUAGCCCCAAGGCCAAUUCGGCCUCCAAGCCAAAGGAAAAGGCGCAGGAAAGCAUUAUUUGACGAGCUUCCAGCAACGGUGCAUAAAGCUAGAAGGCUCUCAAAUAAAGUACUGACUGAGAAAGAGACUACUGUGUUAUGGAAGCCUGUAGCCAAAGAAGUUGAAAGGAAACUGAGACUUGCUCCAUUCAGUUCCCUACAGCAGGUCAAAUGCCCUCGUAGAUACCAACCUGUUGUGGUGCUCAAUCAUCCAGAUGCUGACAUUCCUGAAGUGGCCAAUAUUAUGAAGGCUGUAAACAGGCAUAAAGGUGCUGUUACUAAGGUCUCUCUGUCUCAGAAAACAGUUCAAGCACUCUCUGAGCUUGGUGCUCUAGGAGAGAAUUCUUCGACCAAAGGUGCGUCGUCUCAAAGCGAUGAUCAAAGACCUCGGCCAGUUCGGAGUUCUGUCCGAGAGCGUUUCCUCCUGAAAAUGAAGUUGAGGAAAAAAAGCAAAAAAAAGUACGAAGUAGUGGAUACUUUAUCAAGUUGUGGACAAGAGCCUGUGGUGUUUGACUGCUGGUUUUGUGGUCGGCUCUUCAACAGCCAAGAAGACUGGAUUGGCCACGGCCAGCGACACCUCAUGGAGGCAACUAGAGACUGGAAUAAACUGUUCUGAGAGUUUUCCAUUACCUUUUUUAAUGGGUUGGUAUUCUGUCCUUUUGAGGUGGAACAAAUUGUUGAAGUUGUAUAUUUUUUAAUAACCUUCCACGACACGUUUGUUAAAUUUCUGUUCCUGUACAUAGAUAUUCUUAAGUGAAUCAUAGUUUAUCUUUUCAUAGGUGCAUAUUCUUGUAAAUUAUGUACUGCAAGCGUGAUUUUCUAUCAUGCACGCACAGGUCAAAUUGAACUGUGAAAAUGGUACACUGUAAUUAGGAGUUGUUGUAAGAGGACAAGCUUAAAGAAAGGGGACAAUGUCAGCAAAGGUUGUAUGCAGAGUUGGUUUAAAUUACUCAGGUGAUUUCAUAUUAAUCUGGUUUGUUAUUUUUGCUCAUAAAUUUCAAAAACAUAGUUCAAGGGACUUUUGUAUCUUUUAUUAUCCUGCACAUGAGGACAGGAAACUGUAUUUGUAUAGCUUAACAAAAGCUUGUAGACACAUUUUAUUGCGCUUGUGAUGAAAAAUGUUCUGGUCCAAAUUAUUCCUUUUUGUAUGUUUAAAUUGAACAGGAUAUCAUUUUACACUAUUCUAUUGUCAAGAUUAGUUUACAGUUUCCUCGUCAGGAUUUUGUCAACCUGUAGCAUGUAUUUGUUAUAACUAGUGCAAAGAUUUUUCACGGUAAUCUAUUAAAUAGACAGACAGUUUUCUAAAAUACAAAAAAAGAAAAGAGAAAUCCUGUACCUCUUAUACAAGGAUGUUGUCCUGGCACUUUGUCAGCACUUGAGAAAUACAGAUCAGCCUGUUUUACCCCCUAUGCAGUAUCGAUGCAACAAUAUUUUUCAGCUCCGGCUGUUUGCUUGUGUUGUGAAUCCACAUUUCUAAAUUUUCUGCUAAAUCUUUAAGGUCCCAUUAAUUUGAUUUCAGAUUGUUAUUUUAUGUUGGCUAUUCAUUCAUUAAAAACAUCAACAUCAAGAGACUUAAUAUGAAAAUGAGUCAGAAUCUUGUCACUGGGCUUGACUGUAAGAUUUGGCAUCCACUUCCACAACCUUUAGAUGCCAGAUUUGAGAAAAUGGCUGCAUUCUUUUGAUCACUGAUAAUUGGAAUUGUAAAGAUUGAGUGAGUAAACAUACCCUGUAUGUCAAUAAUGAGUGAGAUCAUCAAUAGUUAAAUUAGGGCUGCAACUAACAAUUACCACUAUCAAUAAAUCUGCUGAUUAACCCUUCAACUAAUAAUUAACUAAUUAAGUGUCAGAAAUGGGUAUGGGUAAGUCACUAUUUUCUAAAGACCAAGGUGAUGUCAUUACAUUUCUUUGUUUUCUGACAGUCCGACACCAAAGAUAUUCAGUGUAUUAUCACUUCAUGCAAAUCAGCACAAUUUAGAAGCUGGAAUAAGGCAAAGUUUUUGCUUGAAAAAUUACUUCAACAAUUAAUCAAUUAUCAAAUAUUGGCAGAUUAUUUUUCAGUCUAUUGAUUAAUAGAAUAAUUGACCUUAUUGUUUCAGCCCUAGGUUAAAUGUAUUACUGUAAAUUCUCAAAUAAAAGCAGGUAUGAAAAUAUUGGCCAAAGCUCAAAUAAUGAUAUAACAUUUCCAAUUGCUUUUACUUUGCCUUUUUGAUGUCACCAUCAAUGAAUAGCAAAUAAUGGCGAACCCUUUGUUACUCUGCCACCCACACUUCAGCCACCUGGACCACUACCACAGCACUUAGGGCCGUGGGAAACUUUGUUUUUGCCCCUUGAAUCUGUGUUACUGCUGCUGGUGCUGAUUAGAAUAAGGACAAAUGUAGUUGUUAUGAGGGGACGGGAGGGGUUGGCUGGAUCAUAAAUCCCAAGUACACAAUGCAACGGAGAAAUUUUUUUUUCAACUGCACAGGAAUAGAUUACGGUUUAUAUAAAAAAAAUGUGACUACAUUUUAGAAUAAUAGAACAAAGUGCACCCAGGGACCCCCAAUAUGAAAAAUUUUCAUUCCUUUUUACAAUGGUUUGUGGUUCAGUAAAAGUUUUACUUUGAAAUACUUUAAGAAGUGAUUAAACAGUUACUGUCACUUUGGUUUUUCAUGCUCUAGACAUUGUAAGUGUAGUAGGAGCUCUGUUUAGACUCUGCAUUAACUUUGACCUUUUAUUGCAUUAAUGUACUGUAAAUCUGCUCACUGAGUUCAGUAUGCUCUACAUUCAUUUCUUUUGAUGUUACAUUUUGCAUAAUUUUUUAUGGCAACAAGACAUGGACUUUAUCUUCUUCAUGGGUUUUAAUGAUUGUAUUACAGGAUGAUCGAAUCGUGGAAUGAAUGUUUUAUUCCGUUCAAUAUGCAAAAGUGACAAAACAAUGCAAGCCAUGCUAAUGUUUUUAGUUUGUUUUUCCUUUCAAAAUGGUUCUAAUCAGCCAGCCUCCAACUGCUGAAGUUCUGACCUCAGCAGGGUCCGCUUUUCACCAGCAUUUGCUAAGUUGACCACUCCAAUCAGCAACAGGGCAUUUUAUUUAUAUUAGUUAAUUCCCUGACAUCAUAUCCUGUAAAACUAUAAAUGUAGCAUGAGUAGUAGCUACAUUCCACUGAUUAUUAGGAUUUAAAAAUGAAACCGAACAUACAUUUGACUUUCACUUGGUUCACAGGGUGUUUUCACAAACUUUUCUUGAAGGAAUCCCUUUUUUGAAAAAUGUUUGUACUGUUGAGAGUGAGAUGAGAAGAUUGAUAUCAAUCUUUUGUGUGUGUUGAGUACAGAGGUGGAGUCAGGAGGUGUUUGGCCUGACUUAGCAUAAAGACUGAAAGUAGAAGGAAAUGGCUAGCAGGCUCUGUCCAUAGUUUAAAAAUACACAUACCAGGAUCUCUAAAGUACAACGGAUAAAGUCAUAAUAUUACGAGAAUAAGGUCAUAAUAUUUGGUCUACGAGAAUAAAGUCGUAACAUUACGAGAAUAAAGUCGUAACAUUACGAGAAUAAAGUCGUAACAUUACGAGAAUAAAGUCGUAACAUUACGAGAAUAAAGUCGUAACAUUACGAGAAUAAAGUCAUAACAUUACGAGAAUAAAGUAGUAAUUUCAUGAGAACUGUCAGCCUGUUGGCUCAGCCAGCGAAACUGUUUAACGACGAUAUCAAUCCGUUAGGUUACCUGUUGACUGUACGGUACGACUGAGCCAAACAGCGGCUGCUGGGCUCAGGCUGAGGCUGCUGUUCGGUUGAGCUGGUCAAGUCAGAUCUUGAUAACUCUAUCGAAGCUUUUUUCUCAUUAAAACAACUUUUUUUCUUGUAUUAUUAUUAUUAUUAUUAUUAUUAUUAUUAUUAUUACAUUCUCGUAUUAUUACGACUUUAUACUCGUAGACCUAAUAUUAUGACUUUAUUCUCGUUAUUUUCCCAAAAAAUUUAAUAUUUUUUUUCUCUUAGUCUGGCUCUAUUACACCGUCGUACUAAAGGCCUUUACACCGUUUUUUCCUCGUGUGAUUAACUCGUACUUGUCAAACUUCUACAUUCUGCGGAAAAGAUGUCGCAUCGUAACUCAUUGUGGACCUGUUGAUUGUUUCUCAUCACCCUGUAUUAUAUGACAAAGGUGUGACAACAGUAAGUUGGGAUGCUAUGUGGUGAGUAGUUUCAAUGUGACGUAUUCACAGAUGAGUAUUUUGCCUUUUCAUGUUGUUUAUAUGCCACGUCCCCCAUGUGCAAAGGCCUUUUAAGCUCACUAAUUAGGUGAGUUGGAACUUUUUUGUGACAAACAACAGUUCCAGUAUCCAUCCGUCCAGUACUUCUAUGCAGUGUUUCGGCUCCAGCGUGGGUUGCCAGAUAUGCUUAGUUUGCGCAGGUUUUGGUAUAACACUCUCUACAGGCACAAUGUCACCAAACCUGUCAAUCUCCCUUAAAUACAAGACUUCUGGAAGCUGCAGGACUGAAGUUUGUCAAGAAAUAGUUCCAGCACCAAAACUCCCCCUAAAACCACAAAUCAGCAUUUCUAUUUGUUUAAGAUAAAAAAGUGAGUUAAUUGCUGAGCUUGGACCUUUGGACAUACUUUUAGCCAGAUGAGCUAUCUACCCUUGCUUCCAGUCUUUAUGCUAAGCUAGGCCAACCAAUGUGACUCCAGCUCUGUAUUUAAUGCACAUUAGAUUGAUAUUGAUCUUCUCAUGUCAUUCUCUGAAAGAAAGAGAAUAAGCUUAUUUUACAAUCAUGACUUUAACUCAGCCUGCAAAAUGUUUAACACAGUGUAUACAGUGUUUAAAGGAUUUAAGUUAAUCUCCUGUCCUAGAAUAUUCAUGUGAUUUUACUAUUCCACUCUUCAAACUGUGGUUUCUGGAACCAAUUUCUUUAAAUCAAGGGCUACAUUUAAAAUACUGCUUACAUAUGCAGUACUUUCAUGUAAAAUAACAGGAUAUAAAGAAACUUAAGAUUUAACUAAUUAAACCUUAAGAUAUUAAGAUAUUAACUUUUUGAUGAUUGGUUUUUACUUGUUUAAACUGAACUCAGCUCAUGUCUGCAUUAUAUGGAUGCCAAUUAACUCUUAUUUCAGUUAGUUUCAGAGGUUUGUUUCUGACUGAUCACAAAGUUUCAUUUACAUAAUGGCGAUGCACAGUGUGAAAAAACGUUUUUGUUGUUUCCUCUCGUCACUGCUCUCAGGCCAAAGAACGAUUUGGUUUUAUCAUAAAAUUUUAAAAAGGAGUAUUGCUGAUGGGAUUUCUAACUGUAUAAGUCCUGCACUGUGAUAAUUACAAACCACUCAUUAUAUGGGGAUACACUACUAGAUGAGCUCAUUUUGAAUUUUUUAUGAGCCUCAAAUUAAAAGUGAACAAUCAUUGAAAUCCAGCUUCUACAGCUCAGCCCUGUCAGCUUUUAGGAUGAUAAUUCUCUACCACACACUAGAUUGUGUCAUCAUGUACAGUCAACUGUUCAAAUUGUUACUGAAUCUUUCCUCAUGCUAAGUGCCUCAAAUGUGCUUUGGCAGGUUGACAAUGUGUACUGUAUUCUUUUGUUCAACGUAGUGGUGUACUCUCCUCUAAUAAAUGUACAUACCUUAUGGAAACAA